AUGGAGGAGAUAAUGCAUAAUUCGACGUUGGAAACUAUAUACCCUCGUGAAGCAACCAUCAUGGCCGCUAUUUGCGCCUGUAUUUUCAGCGUCGUUGGCGUAGUAGGCAACUUCAUAACAACAGUUGCGCUGCUGAUGCAUCCGAAGUUGCGCGGCCAUGUUACCACGAUGUUCGUGCUGUCGCUCUGCGUGUCCGACCUUCUAUUCUGCAGCAUUAAUUUACCUCUGACGGCCAGUCGGUACAUUAAACAGCAAUGGACGCUGGGUCCACGCCUGUGUCAGAUGUUCGCGUUCGUGUUCUACGGGAACGAGGCCGUAUCACUCUUAUCUAUGGUCGCCAUUACCAUAAACAGGUACACACUGAUCGCGUACUACGACAUGUACUCGCAGAUCUACACCAGCACUAAGAUCUGGGUGCAGCUGCUCCUCAUAUGGCUCGUGUCGUUCGGCAUCAUGAUACCGCCGCUGCUUGGUGUAUGGGGUCAACUAGGCCUGGAACGUGAUACGUUCUCAUGUACGAUUCUGCCAAAAGAUGGAAGAUCUCCGAAGAAAUACCUAUUUGUUUUCGGAUUUGCGCUUCCGUGCGUAGUUAUCAUCGUGUCCUACUCUUGCAUAUACUGGCGCGUGCGAGAGAGCAAGAGGAAGCUUGAGGGUCGAAGCAAACUGGGUGGUCAGACGGCGAAAGAGAAGGAAGAAGAUUCCCGUCUAACAACACUUAUGCUAACCAUAUUCCUUUGUUUCCUCGCCUGCUUCCUCCCCCUGAUGAUAAUGAACGUCGCGGACGACGGAAUUACGUACCCCUGGCUUCAUAUUAUAGCCUCCAUUUUAGCUUGGGCUUCAAGUGUCAUAAAUCCGUUAAUUUACGCAGCGACCAACAGACAAUAUAGAGCGGCAUAUGGAAACCUAUUAAAAUUCUGCAAGAAUAAUCCAGUCACGAAAAGAACAACCUGGGGCAGUAGGACGGUUGGACAUUCAUCGAAUUCCCCGAAUUAUGGGGAGAAAAGAAAUCCUCUAAACAAUCACCCAACAAAAUUAUGA